GUACAAAUGACGCUCAAGCAUUUAUCUUAACACUCAUGAGUUGCUUUGAAGAGAUCAUUUGUGCUGGUAAACAUUUUAUAAGACUAGUGGGGAAAAUGAAUGUGUUCAGGGGGCUUUUCAUCAAAAGUUGGUCAUCUGAUGUUCAGCUUGAUGGGAAAACUGCUAUAGUGACUGGAGCAAACACUGGUAUUGGGAAAGAAACAGCGAGAGACCUGGCAAAGCGUGGGGCACGGGUGAUCCUGGCCUGCAGAGACAUGGUGAAAGCUGAACAAGCCGCCAGUGACAUCAGCAGAGAAGUGGAGAACGCUACAGUCAUGGCUCGUCAUCUGGAUCUGGCAGACACCAAAUCCAUCUGUGACUUUGCCGAGUUGAUUUACAACACUGAAAAAUCUUUACAUUUGCUGAUUAAUAAUGCUGGAGUGGCAAUCUGUCCAUACUCCACAACAGCAGACGGAUUUGAGACACAGUUUGGAGUCAAUCAUUUAGGACAUUUCUUUCUCACAUUCCUCCUUAUGGAUCUGUUGAAGCAUUCAGCUCCUUCUAAAGUGAUUAAUGUCUCCUCAUUGGCUCACUCCAUGGGAAAUAUCUACUUUGAGGACCUGAACAGCAAGAAAAGCUAUCAUCCUGUGAAGGCCUACGUGCAGAGCAAGCUGGCCAAUGUACUCUUCACACGAGAGCUUGCCACAAGAGUGGAGGAGACGGGGGUGAGUGUGUAUGCUGUGGACCCAGGCUUAGUGAAGACAGACAUCAUCAGACAUAUGAAAAAGUCUCUGCAGUUCUUUGUGAAGACAUUUGGGUUUCUGAUAAAAACUCCUGCAGAGGGCGCAUACACCAUCUUGUAUUGUGCUCUUACCCCAGACCUGCCCACUGGAGCCUACUACAGUAACUGUAGUCUGGCUCCAUGCUCAAGGGCAGCUAAUGAUGACAACACUGCGAGCAGACUGUGGGCUGCCAGCUGCCACCUGCUGGGGAUUCGCUGGAGAUGAAAUGACUUCAACCACAGCCUUAUUUCACACUAAUUCCCUUAUUGAGUUUCCUUAUACCCCCUGUUUAUCUAUACUAGCCCAGCUGAGCCUUCUUUUUAUGCCUCUGCACAUAUAUAAUACCAGUAUUUGAUAAAGCUAAGGAGAAUCAUUUUUUUUAUUUUUGGGGGGGAUUUUCACAGUCUGGGAUAUGUCAAUGAAUAUCAACAACAUUUAUUUUGAUGCAUUAUUAUUUUUUGUCCAGUGUCAGAUAAAAAAAAGAACUCACUCAGGACCUUAGAGGAAAAAAGGUCCCCGUAAAAAAAACUGGCAUAAAAAUAUUAUAUAUUAAUAUUAUUUUCCACUUUUACCGAUUUUUUUAACCAACAUCAAGGACUGACUAUCAUAACUACCAAAUAUUCAUUAUUGUUCAGGAUUUUAACCCUUUAAAUGCCAGUUUGUUUACAUAAUGCCACUGUUGUUUUUACACAUGCACACAAAUAUCUCAAUACACACAUACAAAACACACUCUGAUAUCCAUACCAAGACACCCACACAAUUAUAGCUGCAUCGUUUAUUAAAUUGGCCUGCAGUAUAGUACAGCAACCAGAAAAUAGGAAAAAGCCUGUUUUAGCUCCAUAGGCUAAACAUAAGAAAAAUGGCGCCAUCUGGUGGAAAAUAUAUUAAAAAAACAUUUGAAUCCAGGGCUCCAGAAUGAAAGCAUAAUAUCAUAGAAUUCAUGAUUUUAUGCUUUAAUGGCACUGGGAUCAAAUAUAGCCGUUUUAAUUGGUUUCAAUGGGGAAAUAUUUGUCCUUAAGUGUCCUGAGUGUAACUAUUGUGUGUCCACAGUGUAUAAUAGAUGUAUUUUAGGAACUGAGGUUGAAAUAUCAAAAUUCCCCCCCAAAAUACACAACUUUGACAAAAUGUAUGAUGUUGGCAUUUAAUACAGCCAAAAUUGUAUGAAAAAAAUCUAAUGAAAAAUGAAAAAGACAAAAAUGUCCAUAAGGGUUAAACACUUCAACAUAAAACGAUUAAAGAGAUUUGUGCAUGUUUAUUGAACUAUUUCCCUUCAUUGAAUAAACUAUCA